AGCCUUACAAAGAGAAAAAGAUAAGACUGAAGCAUUGACCUGUCGACCUCUGUUUACAAUAAUUGAGUCUCCCUCUAAACCACAAAUGCUCUCUCAGUUCCUGAACCAUUACGUUUCUUCACUUGUGAUUCUGUUAUUCCAUUGAAACUUUUCUUACAAAAUCAAGCUUUUGCUUUAUUUUUCUGGGGAAAAACAAAGGGAAGAAGGAGAAAUGGAGGAUUCAAAGAAUUAUGGGCAUCAACAUCCACUUGUGUUGUUGAAUGAAGAUCGGAUGAUCACCAAUCAAAGUGGAGUUGUAGCUGAGUGCUCCAGGUGUGGGGAGAAGGUGUCUGCUCCAUGUUUUGUCUGUGCCGAGGACUGUGGGUUUUACCUUCACAAGGUAUGCGCUGAAGCACCUUCGGAGCUCAAUCACCCUUUCCAUCAUAAUCACCCUCUUGUUCUUAUGGAAAAUCCACAAUCUAUGUACGAUUAUUACACUUGCGAUUUCUGUGGCGAAACAUGUGAGAAAUUCGUUUUUCAUUGCUCCUCUUGCAAUUUGGGAUUUCAUAUUAAAUGUGGUUUGCUUACAUUUAAUAUUGCUGAAAAUAAUUUGAAAGAGCUUGAGCAUAUUCCCCUUGAACCUCCAGUGAGUCCCACCAAAAAAGAUGAUGAACAACUCGAAGAUGUUAAAAAGUGCUUUGGGUGUUGGGAACCAUUAGCAAAUUAUACACACUUCUCUGCUGAUUGCGGAUUUAAUUUACACAAGAAAUGUGUUGAGCUUCCUCUUCAAAAAAAUCAUGUGUGCCAUCGUAAACAUCCGCUUCUUUUACAAUUUAAUAGCGAUCGGCUCGCUUGCAAGAUAUGCCAAGAAACCCAACGAAGAGGAGUUGGAUUUGUUUAUGGUUGUUCAUCUUGUGAGUUUGUUGUUCAUAUUGAAUGUUUGUCAUCAGAUCUUGUUCCUGUUAUCAAAGAUGAGCGUCAUGAACACCCAUUCAGUUUAUUCCCAAGACGAGCACCAUUCAUCUGUGAUGCAUGUGGUACAGAAGGAACUUACUCUGCCUAUAUAUGUUGUGAAUGCAACAUUAUAGUCCACAAAAAGUGUACCUCAUUGCCAAGCAUCAUCAAGAGCAAGUGGCAUGAUCAUGCAAUCUUUCACAACUAUUUCCUUCCAGAUGAUUUUGGAAGCUCAGACUGCAUUAUUUGUCAUGACGCUGUCAGUCCAGAGCACGGGAGUUACUGUUGCUCAAAUUGCAAUAUUACAUUCCAUGUUCGUUGUGUGACGAAGAAAGCAAGUUCAUAUUUUAUAAUUUCACGUGAAGAUGCAAAUGAGAUAUCAUAUGAAAGCUCAAUCACUUGUGUUUUGGAGAGGAACGAUGCUGGAGAAGCUACAGAAAUUCAACAUUUCAAGCAUAUUCAUAAUCUCCUACUAAGUUCUUUUGUUGGAGGGUGUGAAAACAGUUGCGAUGGGUGUAUGUUACCGAUAUCGGAUCCAUUUUACUCUUGUUCACAGUGCCAAUUUUUUCUUCAUAAAACUUGUGCCGAGUUACCGAAGAAGAAGCAGUUUUGGUUUCAUAAAUGUCCGCAAGAUCUCGUCCUCAUCUCAGAUAAAUGUUAUCGGUGUAAAAAAUGUGGCCAAGUGUCUAAUGCCUUUGCCUAUGAAUGUGAUGGAUGUAAGAGGAAAACAUGUCUCCGAUGCGUGAUUGCACUCACUCCAAGUGCUCGAACAUGUCUGCAUCAUGAACAUCCCCUCCUUUACUACCAAAAUUACGAAGCGAGGUGCAAUGCUUGUGGUGGAACUACAUACGGGGCAAUUCUCUGUAAGGAUUGCAAUUUCGUGCUACACCAUAAAUGUUUUUCUCUCCCAAUCACAGUUCGUCACAAAUGUGAUAAAGAUCGUCUCAAACUCACUAUUCACGACGAUAAUAGUUAUUCAGAAAGUCAUUAUUGCGACAUUUGUGAAAAAAGUCGAGAUCCAAAUCGUUCGUUUUAUCGUUGUGAAAUAUGUGAUACUUGUGCUCAUGUCCGUUGUGUUCUUGAUCGAUAUCCAUUCAUAAAACUAGGGAGCAUCUAUGAAGAAAGUGAUCACUCACACCCACUCACCUUCGUCAAGAAGAGCUACUACUAUCCUGAUUGUGAAAACUGUCAUAGGCCUUGUGAAGAUUUGGCUCUUGAAUGCACGAAGUCCGGAUGCAACUAUAUUGUCCAUUGGGAUUGUGUAGCACCUCGUUAUCUACAAAACUGGCGUGGUUUUGGUAUGUAGCAGCUCAGAGCUACUCAUAUUUGAAAACGGUCCAAUCUUUUGUUGGAAAACUCAAGACCGGAAAAUUAGAGUUUGAUUCUAUCCUUGUUACUUGUAAUGGCUGGCUGGCUAUAUUUGUCAUUGUAAUUUGGUUUUUCCUACAUUUUAAGUUCCAUUUAACAGCUCAUUAUGUAUUUGGCGUUGGAUAUAUAUGUCAUAGAAGUGUGAACCA